UUCAUGUCAGGCUCGGUGUUGGGGGAGGGGGAGGGGGCGGAGAAGAGAUGAGACGAGAGGGGAUGGGAGGGGUGUCUUCAGGACUGCCCGCGUUUUCCGUCUGCCGCGUGCACUCCCGUGUUUGUGAGGUGCGCACAGGUUGUACACAGCAUAUGCGCGCGCUGACGUGCAGGAGCUUCGGGACACGCGCUCCUCCGGCUUGACUGGUGGCGCCGAUCUGCUUCAGUCUCCGGUGGCAUCAUGGAGGAUCCCCCUCUCGACAGCGAGAGGAUGGAAGCGUGGCUGGAUGACCACUCGGACUUUGCGCACUACUACUUUGUCCGCAAGGCCAGCAGGGAGAUGGUAAAUGCCUGGUUCGCUGAGCGCUGUCACUCUAUCCAGCCGUCGUCCAGGGAAGGGUCACGACCUCAGACAGAAUUCUGCCCCCUGCUCCCUGACCCUCCGCCCUCCCCAAGCCCCUCCCCCUCCACACCCACGCGGAAGAUCUCCGCCUCCGAGUUCGACCGACCACUUCGGCCAAUUGUAGUGAAGGACGCAGAGGGGGCGUUCACCUUCCUGAGCGACACUGAGCACGUGCAAAUGCCACUCCGCACAGCUCGGCCUGAGGAGGGAGGAGCCGGGGGCACAGGACCAGGAAGCAGUGGCGGGGGCGACCGGUGUGCCCGUCUGCUGGAGCUGGUGCGUGACGUGUCCAGCCACCUGGACGUAACGGCGCUGUGCCACAGCAUCUUCCUGCACAUCCACGAGCUGAUCGAGGCCGACCGCUACUCGCUCUUCCUGGUGGGCGAGGACUCCUCCAACAGGAAGUUCCUGGUGAGCCGACUGUUCGACGUGGCGGAGGGCUCCACGCUGGAACAGGCGUCCAGCAGCUGCAUCCGCCUCGACUGGAACAAGGGCAUUGUGGGACACGUCGCAGCCACCGGUCAGCCACUCAACAUCAGGAACGCCUACGAGGACUCACGAUUCAACGCAGAAGUGGAUCAGAUCACUGGCUAUAAGACCCAGAGUAUCCUGUGCAUGCCCAUAAAGAACCACAGAGAUGAGGUGGUGGGUGUGGCUCAGGCCAUCAAUAAGAAGUGUGGAGAGAACAGUGCCUUUACAGAACAGGAUGAGAAGGACUUCUCCUCCUAUUUGGCCUUUUCAGGGAUUGUGCUGCACAACGCACAGCUGUAUGAGACGUCACGCCUGGAGAACCGCAGGAACCAGGUCCUGCUGGACCUGGCCAGUCUGAUCUUUGAGGAACAACAGUGUCUGGAGGUGUUACUGAGAAAGAUUGCAGCAACCAUCCUAUCCUUCAUGCAGGCCCAGAACUGUACCAUCUUCAUUGCAGAUGCAGAGAACAUGAACUCGUUUUCCAGCGUAUUCCACAUGGAGUGUGAGGAGCUCCAGGGAGCAGUGGACUUUCCCAACAGAGAGUACGAUGCCAGUGCGAUCAACUACAUGUAUGCCCAGUACGUGAAGAAUACUAUGGAGCCCCUGAACAUUGCAGACGUCACCGAAGACCAGAGAUUCCCUUGGACUAGUGAGAACCCUGAACCCUCCUUCAAACAGAUCAAGAGUUUGCUCUGCACUCCCAUACGCAACGGCAAGAAGGAUAAAGUCAUCGGUGUGUGUCAGCUGGUGAAUAAGACAGACGAGACGUCGGGAGACGUGAAGGCCUUUAACCGGAACGAUGAGCAGUUCCUGGAGGCGUUUGCCAUCUUCUGCGGCCUGGGCAUCCAGAACACACAGAUGUAUGAGACUGUGGAGAAAGUUAUGGCCAAACAGGCCAUUACUCUGGAGGUUCUCUCCUAUCACGCGUCUGCUGCAGAGGAGGAGUCACGGGCACUCCAGGUAACUGCGACUGCCACGGUGCCCUCAGCUCAGUCUCUGCGCCUGAUGGACUUCAGCUUCAGUGACUUUGACCUGUCGGACGCUGAGACCACUCAGGGGGCCAUACGCAUGUUUGUCGACCUCAAGCUGGUGCAGAACUUUCAGAUGAAGUACUCGGGUCUGUGUCAGUGGAUCCUGAGUGUAAAGAAGAACUACAGGAAGAAUGUGGUCUACCACAACUGGAGGCACGCCUUCAACACGGCACAGUGCAUGUUUGCUGUGCUGCGCUCCGGGAAACUACAGAAUAAGCUGACUGAGCUGGAGAUCUUGGCCCUGAUGAUCGCUACGCUCAGCCAUGACCUGGACCACAGGGGGCUCAACAACACCUACAUAAAGAGGAGUGAGCAUCCUCUUGCCCAGCUGUACUGUCACUCUACUAUGGAGCAUCACCACUUUGACCAGUGCCUUAUGAUCCUCAACAGCCCAGGCAGUCAGAUUCUGAGCGGUCUGUCGCUGGAGGAGUACAAAGCUACUCUGAAGAUGAUUGAGAAGGCCAUCCUGGCCACCGACCUGGCUCUGUACAUGAAGAAGAGGGGGGAGUUCUUUGACCUGGCCAGCAGCAGUGAGUUUGAGUGGGACGACGGGGACCACAGGGAUCUGCUCAGGUCCAUGUUGAUGACGGCAUGUGACAUCUCCGCCAUUACCAAACCCUGGCCUGUUCAGAAGAGGAUAGCGGAACUGGUCGCUACGGAGUUCUUUGAGCAAGGAGACAAGGAGAGGAGAGAGCUGAACAUCGAGCCCAUCGACCUGAUGAACCGAGAGAAGCGAGAUAAGAUCCCCAGCAUGCAGGUCUCCUUUAUCGACGGAAUCUGCACUCAGCUCUACGAGACGCUGUCUGGGCUGGCUGAAGACUGUCUCCCCCUGCUGGAGGGCUGUAAGAAGAACAGGCAGAACUGGCAGCUGCUGGCUGAGCAGGGCGAGGAGGACGACCUGAUCAAUGGCUCCUUGUGAGACAGACACACAGGGCGCGGUCACAUCCCACCCGUACUGGUGUGUGUUCACAGGCCUCAGGUGUGAGCAGCCUUAACCUGCCCCUCCGGCUCCGCCCCAUCAGCAGUGCUGCAACUGCUCCCAUCUGACUCUCCUGAACACCCUUCUUACCACCCCCCCCCCCACACACACACACACACACACACACACACACACACACACACACACACACACACACACACACACACACACACACACACACACACUCUCUGAGGAGGCGUGACACUAAGCUUUAUUUAUUGGGGUAGUUUUUUUUUGUACACUGUACUUGUGCAGCUCACUUUCAGAGGUAGCCAGCAGGGAACUUAUUUAUACAGAAAUUAAUUCAGAAAUUAAUUCACACCAUCACAACACUGUAGCAGUUACGUACACUAGUGUGCUCGUCCACAUGCACGUCUGUGUGUGUGUGUGUAUGUAUGUAUGUUAGUUAACACUGUAGCAGUUAUGUACACCCUUGUGUGCAAGUCCACAUACACAUCUGUGUGUUAACACCGGUCUACACACACAUAUCUGUGUACACACACAGAUAGGUGUGUGUACGUAUGUUAGUUAACCUUUCAUGAGGAAGACUGUGGUUUUUCUUUGUCACUUUGUUGUGCCACAUCUUAUCUUAACAUUUAUUAUCUUUGUACAUGAAGUCGGCUUCUAGCAGAGAGCAUGUGAAGACACAAGUUUGCUCCGUUUUGGUCAGAACCGGCCCAGAAUCCUCUGCUGUCUGACCAGCACAGCCUUCAGUCAGUUAGUAGAAGAGAUGUCCACUUCACAGAGGAGCGCUGGGGGAGGGGGCUCACCAUGUCAAUCACAGCCCAAAUCAGACAAGAACAGUGUGUGUGUGUGUGUGUCUGACCAGCAUCUCUGCUGGGGCAUCCCGACAGUUCAAAGGUCGGCCACUCUUUACACUUCUCUCUCAGCCCCUCGUCCUAGCAGGUGUUGCCUAUUCAGCCAUCGUGUGUGUGUGUGUGUGUGUUUAAAGCUCGCCGCACUUCACACAGGUGGAUGUUAAUGCGUGCGUGUGUGCUCACACAGGUGGUGGAUGUUAAUGCAUGCGUUGCCAUUGACAAAGAUGCCGGUGGCUGUUUGAUGUCCCUGAAUGAGGGUUUAAACGAGACGCAGCUAAAUACGCAACAACUAAAGCAUGUCUCAGUGAUUAAUGCCAAUGAUAACCAAACAAGACAGAACGAACUAAUAAAUGAAUGAAUGAAUGAAACACCAUCUCUGAAGUGAUGACAGCCGUUAGGCAAAUGGAAACAGACAAAAACGGAUUAUUGAAAUGCGCCUUUAUUAUAAAUGAAACACGGAUGCACAGUACACACACACACACCGCCCUUUGUUCAUCAAAGGUCUGUCUCUCUCUGACAAACUCUGCUGUUCCAGACCGCCGAAACCUCUAGACUGGACCGGUGCUGCACCCAGAGAGGUCUCCCCACAGGACCCCUGCAGCUUGGGGUUCACACAUGUCCUGCAACUUGGGGUUCUCACGUUCUCCUAGAAGCGUUUGGGGUUCUCCUGCAGCUUGGGGUUCACAUGUUCUCCUAAAAGCAUUGGGGUUCUCACAUGUUUUCCUGCAACUUGGGGUUUUCACAUGUUCUCCCCAGAAGCGCCAAGUCUUUUUUAACUGCAGCACUUUGUAGAUGAGAAGUGGCCUCAGGGCCCAGGUUUGUCACUAGGGUCGCCAUUUUGUAUUGAACUUUUCCAGAACCUUUAUUUAUGUCAGAUUUGUUUUUCUCUUUUUAAAUAAAAAAAAUUAAAAAAAAACGAAUUGAGUGU